AUGGAACAUUCCACCAGCAAGAGGGUGAAGCGGAGCACGCUGACCACUUGGGAUCAGUGUAAAGAGGAACAUGUCGUCUUCAGACCAGCCCGGAGAACAAGGACGACAUCGGGGAUCCCUCUAGAUAUGCGACACCCCAAGCAAGGUUCAAAGUUUCAGAUUCAGCUGAAUACCAGUAAUGUGUACUCAGAAGUUCACAAUGAAAAGCUUUUUACCCAAGAUACUUAUGACUUCCUGGCUCUGAUGGUGGCUACAAUUGGAAUUUUCGGGUUGUGUAGUAACUCGCUAGUGCUGAUUCUGUAUUGCAGAUUCAAAACAUUAAGGACACCAACAAAUCUUCUCUUGGUAAAUGUCAGUUUCAGUGACCUUGUUUUCUCACUUUUUGGGGUCAGUUUUACUUUUGCAUCAUGUGUAAGCCAGCGGUGGAUCUGGAACAAAGCGGGAUGCGUUUUUGUUGGAAUGUGUGAAAAUCUGUUGGGUUGCGUGUCAAUCUUUACACUUACUGCUGUGGCAUACGAACGAUAUGUUCGAGUUGUAUUUGACAGAGUUAUUGAUUACUCAUGGUCAUGGAAAGCAAUCACUUCUGUCUGGCUGUGUUCAAUGGCCUGGACUAUGGCACCAUUAAUGGAAUGGAACAGAUAUAUUCUAGAACCUCAUGGACUAGAUUGCUCUUUGGACCGAGUAUCAACAGAGGCGAGACACUCCUCAUUCAUUCUUCUCUCAUUUAUAGCUUGUUUUGUUGUCCCAAUGAGUAUUAUGAUUUACUGCUAUGGCUACAUUUUAUGCUCAGUCAGAAUGCUUCGAAAGUUACAAAGUGUUGAAACAAGCCAAGUGCUGAGGCUUUUACAUUAUGAGAAACAAAUGGCUGUGAUGUAUCUUCUGAUGAUUUCGGCCUUUCUUCUUUGUGGGAUGCCUUACCCAGUGCUGUCUCUUCUGGCGAUGUGUGGUCAUAGUGACAUGAUUACCCCAGCUACCGCCAUUGUGCCCUGCUUCUUGGUCAAAACAGGCGCCGCAACACAUGCAACUAUCUAUAUAUUAACAAACAAGAAGGUGAAUGAAAUUCAGACAAGGCCUCAUGAAGCUCCUCUGGAUGAAAUGUUUGAAAAACCAUAA